GUGCUUCCACUUACUAUAGAGACAAGAGAAACAAUAGACAUUGAGAAAUGAAAUUAAAUGAACCAGAAGUAGUGGAGAAGCGACGUGUCGCGAAAGCUUCGAAAAUCAUUUUGGUCAGUGAAAUAUUUGACAGAUACAGUACUGCUGCAAUAUCAACAAUCAUAUUACUGUUUCUCAAUCUAAAACUUGGCUAUGACAAAGAUGCAUCGACAGCAAUCUACCACACAUUUGAAUUUUUGGCCUAUUUCUUUGCAAUUGUCGGUGGGGUCAUAGCGGAUAGUUGGUUGGGAAUGUGGAGGACAAUAGUUUUGACUUCGACAUGUUUUGCCAUUGGUGCUUUCAUUGUAGGCGUAGCAGUUGUUGAUAGUCUUUACCUUCCAAUACACACUAUUAGCAUAGUCUGUUUGGUCGUCCUGUAUGUAAGUGGUGGUUGCCUGAAACCAUUAUGCAGCACAUUUGGUGCAUUGCAAUACAAGCCAGCUGAAAACAAAAGCAUCGCUCUGUACUUUUCAUUAUACUAUUUUAUGUAUAACUUCGGCAGCAUAACAUCUCGAUUCAUCAGUCCGAUACUUCGACAAGAUGUUAAGUGUUUCGGAAACGAUGACUGUUUUGCAUUGGCAUUCGGUAUACCCGGAAUUUUUAUGAUCUUAGUCGGUGUUAUAUGUACUAUUGCAAAUAGAUAUUCUGUAGCUGCUCAAAUAAAGGGCACAACGCUGCUGGAUGUUUUCACAUGCAUUUGGCAUGCAAUUGUUACAAAGAUCAAAUCUAGGAAAUCGACGCAAAUCAAGCAACGUCAUUGGCUCGAUUAUUCUGCAGACAAAUAUGGAAAAAAAUUGGUUUGGGAGACACGAGUCAUAAUCAACGUUAUUGUCCUCUACCUUCCCAUUCCAAUCUUCUGGGCUCUGUUUUUCCAACAAGGUUCGCGAUGGGUAUUUCAGGCUGUACGAAUGAAUGGUGAUAUUGGAUUUUACACCAUCAAACCAGAUCAGUUCAAUGUCGUGAAUCCGCUAUUCGUUCUCAUCUUAAUUCCAUUAUUUGAAUAUGUGAUUUAUCCGAAACUAACAAAAAUUGGAAUCAGAACGGCUUUGCAGAAAGUAGCAUUAGGUAUGGCAUUCGCAGGUUUGGCUUUCCUUACAUCCGCUGCGGUCGAAUCACAAAUAGAUGUGAAACUUCUACAUAUGGGCUGGUUAAUUCCACAAUAUCUAUUGAUGGCAGUGGGCGAAACAUUAAUAUCCAUACCGUUGAUGCACUUUUCUUAUGCUGAAGCGCCAAGUAGCAUGAAAACAAUUUUACAAGCACUCAGGAUGUUCACGGUUGGAUUGGGAAAUCUGAUAGUUACUAUUGUGGCUGGAUCGAAGCUAAUCGAAUCCCAAAUGUAUGAAUUUAUACUUUUUGCCGUGCUAAUGUUCGUUGAUAUGAUAAUUUUCGGAUUGUUAGCCAAGAGAUACAAAACUUUGGAUGUGAAUGUGCAUGAAAAAAUAGAUAAUAAAUAAUCUACGACUGAA